GGGCGGAGCCGACCCGCGGCGGAAGCGGAAGUUCUGAGGCGGAAGUACGGGGGCCGCGGUUGCUGGGUUACCGCGAUGUUCCGCGCCGCUGUGGACAUCCAGCCCGCCUGCCUUGGGCUGUACUGCGGCAGGACCGUGCUGUCGGUGAAUGGCUCCGUGGAGACCUACGGGGACUGCGGGGUGUGUCCUAGAGGCCAAAGAACCGAUGACAACAAAAUCUGCAGGGAGUGUUUGGGAUCUCCAGACCGCUAUGACUGGCUCUACCUCGGCUUCAUGGCCAUGCUGCCCCUGGUUUUACACUGGUUCUUUAUUGAGUGGUAUUCUGGAAAGAAGAGCUCCAGCGCGGUGCUGCAGCACCUGACGGCGCUGCUGGAGUGCGGCGUGGCGGCCGUGGUGACUCUGCUGCUCAGCGACCCCGUGGGCUCCCUGCACAUCCGCUCCUGCCCCGUCAAGAAGCUCUCGGACUGGUACACCAUGCUCUACAACCCCAGCCCCGACUACAUCACCACUGUGCACUGCACCCACGAGGCUGUGUACCCACUGUACACCAUUGUGUUUAUCUAUUAUGCCUUUUGUCUUGUGCUGAUGAUGCUGCUGAGGCCUCUCCUGGUUAAGAAGAUUGCCUGUGGUUUGGGGAGGUCUGACCGGUUUAAAAGCAUUUAUGCAGCACUCUACUUCUUCCCCAUCCUCACCGUGCUGCAGGCUGUGGGAGGAGGCCUCCUCUAUUAUGCCUUCCCAUACAUCAUCCUGGUGCUCUCUUUGUUUACCCUGGCUGUGUACAUGUCUGCUUCUGAAGUGGAGUUUUUCAAGGAUCUGCUCGUGAGGAAGAAAAGGCUCGUUGUCCUCUUCAGCCACUGGUUACUCCAUGCCUAUGGAAUCAUCUCCAUUUCCAAACUGGAUAAGCUUGAGCAGGACCUGCCUUUGCUUGCCCUGGUACCUGCCCCUGCCCUCUUCUACCUGAUGACAGCAAAGUACACAGAGCCCUCACGGAUCCUCUCUGAAGGUGGGAAUGGACAUUAGAAGGAGACUGUGCCAACAACUCUGUCCCAGUGAUCUGGAUGAAGCAAUUUUAGUGCUUGUUAUGCUCUGGAAACUUUUAUUUUCAAAAAGAAGUUAUGAGCCAGACUUCUGGUGAAACACCUCUGGGUGAGACUGUAUAAUAUUAAAAAGUUGCACUUUGUAUUCUUCCUAAGUAUCUGGUAUAGAUGGAAAGCAAUGUCUUUUUAUCUAUUUAUCACUGUGAAUUUGUGUAAAAAGCUUGUGACACAUCCUAAUACAAUGGUUUGCUUGUGAAUUGUUCAUUUCCUAACGUGAUAUUUGAAUAAAACAAUAGAGCCUGGUUUUCAAUAGACUUUAAUAAAAAAAAAGUAGAGCUUGAAUAUA